AUGCCAAUCCACGACCUCAGCAACAAAGUCGUCCUCCUCACCGGCAUUGGAGCGGUCGGCGAAGGCUGGGGUAACGGCACAUCGAUAGCCACACUCUUUGCCCGCCAAGGCGCCGUCAUAUUCGGAUGCGACAUCAACCCGGAAGCGGCGCAGAAAGCGGCAAAGACAAUUAGAAAUGACGACGAAGACGUGACCAAGGCAGCGGCUUGCAAGAAAUUCUUCGAUGCUUGUAUGUCCAAACACGGCCGGGUAGACAUCCUCGUCAACAACGUGGGUCGAUCAGAACCCGGCGGCCCCGCGGAGCUCUCCGAACAAGCAUGGGAUGCGCAAAUGGACGUCAAUCUCAAAUCCGUCUACCUCAUGUGCCACCUCGUACUACCGGUGAUGGAAAAGCAAAGCACCGGCGGCUGCGUGCUGAAUGUGUCGAGCAUAGCGGGGAUGCGAUACGUCGGGAAGCCGCAGGUGGGAUACGCGGCGACCAAGGCGGCCAUCAUCCAUUUCACCAAAACGACGGCCGUCAUAUAUGCGCAACGGACGAAGGGCAAGGUACGCCUGAACACCGUGGUGCCCGGUUUGGUGGGGACGCCGCUUGUCAGUAUGCUGGCGAAGAAGUAUGGUGGGUCGGGCAGCGACGAGGCGAAGUACAGGCGGAUGCGUGAUUUGCAGGUCCCGACGGGCAAGAUGGGUAGUGGAUGGGAUGUCGCGCAUGCCGCGUUGUACCUCUGUUCGGAUGAGGCCGGGUAUGUGACUGGACAGGAAGUCGUGGUGGAUGGGGGCAUCACUGCCAGUACAGGGUACACGAUCGACGAUCUAGCGAAGCUGUAG